GGGUCCGUACCGGGUGUACGGGUGCCAAUGGCGAGAGUGGGCGUGUACCGGAGCCUGGAGGUAGAAGCUGUGGGGGAGGAUGAGUUUGUCAACAAGAUUCUGUGGCAGGGGGAGAAGAACUUGCCAUUGAGGUCAGCCUAUGGAGGACAGGUGGUAGGGCAGGCUCUGAUGGCUGCCUGCCACACCAUCACUGAUCCAGAGCUCCUACUCAUCUCUGCCCACUGCUACUUUCUCUCCCCUGUCAAGACCAAUGAACGUGUCACAUACCGCGUCACUCGCACAAAAGACGGUCGGUUUUUCAGCUCACGCUCUGUGCAGGCUCUCCAGGGAGGGAAAGUGGUCUCCCACACUAUCGCCUCCUUCAAGAGACUGGAGUCAAACCCACACUGUCUCUCACACUCACCCCCAGGGAUUCCCCCAGGGAUUUUCCCUCCCGACGACCCUCGGCAUGACCAGGAACAGCUCUAUUUCAACAAUAAACUGGAGUUAUCUACCUCUCCGUUCAAUGCCUACUACUGCUUCAGAAAGACUGACCAGACAAAGAUACUUGCCAGAGAGCCUCUGCCUCCAAAGAUGCUGAUGUGGAUGAAAGCUCGUGGGGAAUUCCCUGAAUCAUGCAGUUUGAACGAGCAUCGAGUGGCGCUGGCGUUUCUCUCAGAUUUCUCCAUGAUCUACCCCCUGUCACUGAAGUACCCCGAGGUGAAGGUGGGACUGAGGACCUCUCUGGACCACUCAAUAUGGUUCCACGGGCCAGUCUACUGUGGAGACACAUGGUUCCUGAUGAAUAUCCGAUGUGUCCAGGCUGGGGAAAGCACUACUCUCAAUUCUGGUCUGAUGUACAGUGAAGAUGGGACUCUGGUGGCCACCUGCCAGCAACAGGGACUCUACAGACUCAAUUCUAAACUGUGAUUUGUCAAUAUUUAUGGGGCAAAAGUAUUAUGAAUGGCAGUCUGCAGUGGCAUCGCUGUCACGCAUGCGCAUACGUGACUAGCUUUAGGUGUAUAGGUAGUGUCGUAUGAUGCCGAAGAGAAAGAAUCCGUUCGGAGAGUAUACUCCGCUGCAGUGCAAGACGCACGUCGGCUUCGAGCAGAUGGCUACGGAGGAGGAGAGACAGGCGGUGUUUGGUGAGCCCUGAUAUCAUAAAUGUAAAUCAUUUCGGCUCCCACUGUAGAGAAAACGAAGGCCCUUCUGUUCCAAGGAGCCAGCGGUCGUUCAAACGGAGAUACAGCUCUACCGCCAGCUGGUUCGAUUAGAGACAAUCACAGCGGGGUCCACUCAUUUGACAGAGAUUCUUCAAAGUCUCAUAUUGCAAGAAAUAAUGGCAGCACAGAGACGGUUUCGACUGAGUCCAGAGAACGGACUGGGCUCCUGGACUAUUUUACUUCAUCUGGUGGGGGAAAGUUGGGCCUUCGGGGAGGGGGGUGUAGAGGUGUGGGGGGAGAGUGUAGUGGGUGCAAAGGUCGUCAAAGGGAGGCGUGGUCUUGUGCUCACUGUGAGGGGGUGAUGUGUGGUGAGUGUAGUCGGCAGUGCUGGCACUGUCAGGCCACCUUCUGCUCAAACUGCUCCGUCCUCAACUAUGAUGAAACCCAUCUCCGCUCCUUCUGCCUCAACUGCCUGCCAUAGAACUAAGUUUCUGACCCACACCUCACACCCAACCUCCCCUCGCUUAUUGUUCACCCUGUAUAAUACUUGUUGCUGCUUUGAAAUUAUUGUUG